AGUAUCUAUGACAUAUAUACUCGAUAUUUCGUCAUAAAUAAUGCCAUUUUGUCUUUAAAUCGUUUAACUUUGUAAUUUCCCACAAAGUUGUUAAUUCUGUAAAUGGAUGUUAUUGCUAUCACGCAACGAAUAUUGUUUUAUUUUCACCUAGUUUUCAUGGCAAUUCAAUGUCAGGUCACCAAGAAGUUAAAAUCAUGUCAUUCAGUAUUGUGCAUAGUUCGGUGAGAUAUUUUGAUAACUAAUUUUAUGCACAUUCUUUUGAUUGAGCGACAAAUACGUUAUUUAAUAAACGGAGAACUUGUGUUUAUCAUUUCCAAACUUUGCAAUAUUGUAACAUUCUCAGAACAGCUUUCAAGUCAAUAUGACAUGGUUUUGUCUGUUGCAUAGUAUCUUCUAAAACGCAUAAAUUCCAGUAAUAUAAUCCAGUUAAAAGAGUGAUAGCUGUCUAUAAUUACUUUCAGAUACUAAUGAAUAUAAGUGUAAUUACAUCGAGGCGAUAGACCCGGAACGAAAUUAUACAAUUGUCGACUUUUUCAUAGGUUGAUAUCAGGAUUUAUCAACCCGAAAAGGGUUAUAUUCACUGAACCUAUGAAAAAGUUAAUAAUUGUUUUAUUACAUGAAUAAAUGUAUAGUCAGUCUUGUUAUUACAAUUGUAUCUUUAAUAAAGAAUAAGGAAUAUAUUUAGACUAAAUCAGGUUGAUAUUGGUUUUCCAAGCACCUACUUCGAUCUAUUUUUAUUUUCGUACUAUCUAUAACCCAAGAUAAGUUGAUCAGAAGAAGAUGUGAUUGUAUCUAAAGUCAUAUCGUUCCCCUGACAUUUAUGGGUAAGUUUUUCAAUAUAAUAGACAUAAGUCAGAUCACACGCUUGUAAGUUUAGUCAAUAUAUAUAAGCUGAUGAAAUGAUGUAAAAUACUCUUAUUUUCGAGUGUGAACAUGCCCAACCGGAAGCAGAUGUUGGCAAAUGUGAGAAAAUAUUUACAGCAAACCAUACAUGUUAGCAUAUUCAUUCUUCUAAAGUAUUAUAUUCAUCUUUUCCCGUAUUCGAUGCUGAAUAGUCAAAUUAUGUGAAAAUAAGUAUUAAUGACUAAAGGAACGCUGUAAAACAUUAUGUUGAUAAAAUGACGUCACUGGCGAUCCAUGUCAAUAGACGGGCAAAAUUGUAACCUUUGAUCGCGAAUUCACAUUUUUACAUUCAUUUUCAUUUUAUUAGCUUUACACAAUCACUAUUUGCUGUAGUUUGAUGAAUUUUGCGGUCUGAACUGUGACCAAAACAGCCUUUGAAAGAGUUGAAAGUAAGAAAGUGAUUUUGAGGACCACUUUCAGAGAUAGGCAAGUGCCCAAAGGGACGUAUUUUGUUGUUCCUCCGGUGUCCGCCUGUCCGUUAGCUAUUUCGUGUCCGCUCUAUAACACCUGAACCCCUUGAAGGAUUUCAAAUAAAUUUGACACAAAUGUUUACGGAACCGAGUUCAGUGCGCAUGUUUUGGAUGUCUCGCUUCAAGGUCAAGCAAGGUAAGACUUAGAAGUCAAAGUUCAUAUAUGAACUUGCUUUGUUUAUAUUGCUCUCGGAGGUCAUCUAUGACUUUGAUUAGUGUAUAUUGCUCCGGCAAUGCAGUGCCCUCCGUGGCCGAGUGGUUAAGGUUACUGACUAAUAAUCACUUGCCCAUCAUAGUUGUGGGUUCGAGCCUCACUCGGGGCGUUGCGGCCUUCAUGUGAGUAAGCCAUCCAGCUGGCUUACUGGCUAACGGAAGGUCGGUGGUUCUACGCAUGUGCCAGCUGGUGAUGAAAUAAUGCACGAAGUGGGUGCCUUGGGCCUUCCUCCACCAUCAAAGCUGGAAUGUGACCUAUAAUUGUGUCGGUGCGAGGUUAACGUACCCCAUCCACAUCAACCCCAACAAAAAAUUGUUUUGCAAUGCAGUGCUCUUGAUUUAAUUCGGCAGAUCACUUUUUUGUUCACUUACAAUAAAAAGUUUUUGAAUAACCUACCUUUAAUUUUACUAUAAAGAGCUUUAUAUAUAUUCAUAUAUAUAAAGCUCUAUAUAUUUCAUUAUUGGUCGCAGGGACCACUUUACUGCGGAACAACACGGAUGGUACCUUCAAUUUUUAUGUGUAUUUUUACAUACCUUUAUCUAGUAAGGAUUCUUUUGUGGACUUAGAAUUUCUUUUGGAAUUUCUUCCCUUUGUUGUUCCUGUCCUUUGGGCUUCAACAGUCAAGUUCUUUCAAAGUUGCUCUCAUACUCUGAUGUAACCAUUCGGACGUAUAUUGCCCCGCUUGGCGGAGCUCUUGUUACCUUUUGCCCCUAUAAAAUUUCAUAUGAGGGCUGUGGUAUUUGUAAAAAAACAGACAUCGGAAAGCUUAGGGUCAGGAAUCCUAAAGGUUAACGUCAGCUGGGUCAAAAAUUAUAGUAGUGCUGGUUAGCUUCUAAAUUUUAUUUAAGUGGAACAAUUUUAAGUAUAUGUUUAGAUAAAUACUGUUAGAAAUAUAUGACUGUUAGAAAUAUAUGGUUUUGAAGCUACAUUAAACGAGACACUGGAGCCGUCGAAAGAUUCUUUUUUUUCUUCAAUUACAUAGAUAAAUGUCAGACAGCUUAUACAUAGACACUCAUUAUUUUUGUUAACACAUAACCCGUGUCACAAAACGUCCAUAAAAUGUAUUGCAUCAAAUUCUUCUUGCGUUUCUUUUUCAGGUAUCACUAAUGAAAGUGCUAAUGAUACUUCACUUUCUGCAGACUACUAUUCUAAACAGAUGGAAGACUCGGCGGAUAAAUUGAAACGGAUACUUAAACCGUAUGAACCUAUCGAAAAAGCACUUAAAGAUUCUUUCACAGAUGUACGUGGUGCAAUCAGCAAUUGUCUCAAACAAUUUGGUAAAAAUGAUUUGUUCACUUGUAUUCAACAUGAAAAGCUUGUCCCUGAAAAACAUCUAGAUGUUGAGAAAGACAAUGUCACUCAAAAGAGAAACUCGGAUAACAAAGUGAAACGCCCACAGCAAAUGGUAGAUGAGAAGGAUCAACAAACUCCUCUCCAAUUAUUUUAUAAACAUGAGGGUAAGACGAUUGAAGAGAUAGAGAAAGGCAUUAAAACUAUAUUGGUUAAUAAGUUUGGAGCUAUUGACUUCACAAACUGCCAAAAAGCAAGCGACAUUGAUGGUAAAACUUUACUGAUUAUACCGUAUAUCGUCACAUCGAGAGUAGCUGCCGACGCAGAAAAUGCUAUAGAGGAUAUUCCAAAUCCUGAAAAUACUGCUCUUUUACUCAUACAUAAUAAGGAGGCUCAUGCUUUACCAACGCAGAAAAGUUCUUUAACUCUGACUGACCAAAAGUUCAAGAAUCUACGUAGAAUCAUUGACCUCGCCUUUACGACAGGAAAUGGAUUUUAUCACUGCGACAUGAAUUCUCGUGGUAUUGAUUCACUCUGUUCAUGUUGUAGACCGACUCCACGAAAUGAAGUUAGACUGUAGAUUGUUAAAAGAUCAUAUAGACGCAAAGAUUGCAGUUGUAAAAUAACAUAAAAUCAUUAGGUAAAAACAUUUCUCCAUAGCAAAAAGCAACAGAAACUACUAUUCUGAAAUAUACUUUUCCAUAACAGGCAAUGCAGUAAUGACAUUUAUGACAUAAUGAUAUGUUAUUCAACAGAGAACGGCAAUAAUAUUAUUUUAUUAUAAUAUAGUUAUUUUUUUUCUGUUCUGUUCAUACAUAUGUAAAUCAUGCCAAAUAAAGCACAUGCUGAAAAAAGCCCCAAUGUUAAAUGUAUGCGUUAGAGGCACGGUAAUCAGAAGAAAAUGAAUCCUUAUGAUUCCAAGUAAACAUCUUUCCUUACUGAUUUUCAUUUAACGCUCAAUAAAUUCAUUUCGAUCCUAAAAAUGUUUAAUAUCGGCUACUGACUGUAAUUGAGCUCCCGGUAAUUUUUAAAAGCAGUUUGGCAGGUGAGAAGAAUUCAGUCUCUACCGUAAAGGAACUUAAAUUCCGUAAGAAUUUACAAAAACAUUCGAAUCUCAGGAUGUUCGAGUUUUGCCGAUAAUUAAGGCAAACAUACAUAUCUUCAUUUACACUACGCAGAAAUUUGUAAAUGUAAUAUGAAAGAAACAAAACAAAACUAGAUAAAUAUAUAAAUAUAUAUUUUUAGCCGUUUGCAAUUGUACUAAAGGAUAGAUAUAUUUUCAUUCUCUCUAAAAGGAAAGAAAACUUCAGCAAAUUAUUAAUAUUUCACAAUACAUCUAGUUGUCGAUAGACGGACAUAAAGUGUUAUGCACAAAUAAUUUAUUUAAACUUCAUUUUGAAAAUUAACUAUUCAUAAGACUAACAAUCAAUUGAAAACUAUCAAACUGUUUACAAAGGUAAUUCGUGAGGACUCAAUCUUUGCGCUUUAUUUUCACUCGUGCUCUGAUUUACCAUUAUUUCAAUAGUUUUGCUUACAGCGUCAAAUUUUGAAAACAACUCAAAUUUUUAUUCCAAACAGCAGAGAAUUAUCUGAACUUAGAAUAGUGUUUUUAAUAAUGUAAACUGUUGUCUCAUUAUAUUAUUUUCUAUGUAUAUAUUUUAUGUUGCAUAGGUUAAUACAUGAAACAGUUAACUUUCGUUGUCAGUCUUUAACUCUCCG